AUGCCGCUACUCCUCCUCGACUUUGAUGGCACUAUAACGUGCACCGAUACUCUUCACGCACUCAUCUCCCUCUCCAUCGCCCGCACCACCAAAUGCAUGUCAGAGCUUAAGACAACAUCACAAAAGCGUCCAAACACAGCUGCUCUCUUCUCUCUGUGGGAUGACAUCGUCCGGGAGUAUGUCGCCGCCCAUACUGCCCACUCGGCACAAUACCGUCCGCGUGAAGAAGACCGUCGGGAGAUAGACGAUGAGUUUGACUACCUUGAGAGCGUCAAACCUAUUGAGAAAGCCAGCGUUGCACGCGUCGGAGCUGCAGGGUUCUUUGCAGGGCUGGUGAGCUGGGAAGAGGCUAAGUAUGAGAGUGUUGAGGACGUUGAAACCCGGAAAUGGGGUUUGAGGGAUCUGGGAAGGUCGGCUGUUUUGCAUAGCAAGGAUACCAAUGUCCCUCCCGAUGGUGGUGGGGAACUUUGUGUGGAAGUGCGGAAGGGUUUUGGCGAGUUCAUGAAGCGAUUUGGUGGGACAAAUACGGACGAUUGGGAAGUUGCUGUUGUUAGUGUCAACUGGUCCGCAGAGUUCAUCAGAGGCGAGGUGAAGGGCCCAGCUGAACUAGGAGGAGAUGUCCUGGUGAGCGUUAAGGACAAGUUACGGGCCAUGAAGUCUGUGAUGAAGCUCGACGGAAAGGAACGGGUGGUUUAUUUUGGGGACUCAACAACAGAUCUGGCAUGCCUGCUGGCGGCCGAUCUGGGCGUGGUGGUUGCAGAUAACACGGAGACUAAAUUGAUGAAGACCCUGCGGAGGAUGCGAUUCAAAAUCUACGCGUUUGGUCACCAUUGGAACAACGACAUUCUGUAG